UAUAACAGCUGGCCUUCUGGUGGGCAAACCAUCCCCUGAUGGACUGGAAGCCUACCCCCUACCCCGAGCCCUGGCUGCGACAGCUCUGGAACCCUGGCUGCCUGGAUGCCCCUCAGCUCUGGAACCCUGACUGCUUGGAUGCCCCCUCAGCUCUGGAACCCCGACUGCCUGGAACCCUGAUCCGGAACCCAAGAUCCUUCCAAGGCCUCAGGGGCAUUGCUGCUGCCCUCCUCCUUCUGAAUCUGACCCCGCAUCCAGCAGUCGCCACCAGGGGCGUCAGAGCGCGCGCAUGCGCCUAGCUCGGAGCCGCGCCGAUCUCGCGCCGGCACCUGGCAGCCAAUCGCAGGUCUCCACUGGACGCGCGCGUGUGGAGGCGUGCGCGUCGGCGGCGCCGGGGGCCUGAGGAGGCGUAGUCGCCGCCGGCUUUGCCCCGGGAGCGCCUCCGGGGCCGGUGCGUGGCCGGCAGCUCGGGGACAGCAGCUGAUCCGGACCGGAUGUGACCUUCUGCCUGGAAUAGCUCAAGUUCUUAAAAGUUGCGUUGUAAUAAACCUGAGGUGGCAGUUUAUAUAAAGGAAGCAUUGGGACUUGUGGCCACACCAUUCAAGAAUAAAAAAAUUAGAAAAUGGAACAAUCAUGUGAGGAAGAGAAAGAGCCUGAACCACAGAAGAACAUAAAAGAAGCCAAACAAGUAGAUGACGAAGAUGCUGAGCUCAUCUUUGUUGGUGUGGAACAUGUAAAUGAAGAUGCUGAGCUAAUCUUUGUUGGGGUGACUUCAAAUUCAAAACCAGUCGUUUCAAACAUUUUGAACAGAGUCACCCCGGGUUCCUGGUCAAGGAGAAAAAAGUAUGGUCACCUUAGAAAAGAUACUGCUCACAAAUUGCAGCCUAAAAGUCAUGAGACCCUUACAUCAGAAGCAGUAACCGUCCUGCCAGCUUCCCAACUUGAAUCGAGAUCAACAGAUAGUCCUAUUAUUAUUGAGCCUUUGUCUAAACCUGAUUAUAGAAAUAGUUCACCACAAGUUGUGCCUAAUAACUCUUCAGAAUUACCUUCUCCUUUGAUUACUACAUUCACAGGUUCAUUGCAUAAUCCAGUAAGUGCAGCACUUUCAGUAGGAGGUAUAAAUGAAAGUCCUCGUGUAUCAAAGCGACUUUCCACUUUCGAAGUAAACAGCAUAAAUCCCAAAAGGGCUAAACUCAGGGAUGGAAUUAUGGAAGGAAAUUCUUCAGCUUCGUCCCCUUCAGAUACCUUUCAUACAAUGAAUACUCAGCAAAGUACACCCUCAAACAAUGUUCAUACCUCAUUAAGCCAUGUUCAGAAUGGAGCACCUUUUCCAGCAGCUUUUCCAAAGGACAAUAUCCAUUUCAAGCCUAUAAAUACAAAUCUUGAUAGGGAAAAUGAAUUGGCAAAAACAGACAUUUUGAGUCUAACAGGUCAAAACAAGACCUUUGAUCCCAAGAAAGAAAAUCCCAUUGUGUUACUUAGUGACUUUUACUAUGGACAGCAUAAAGGAGAUGGGCAGCCAGAACAGAAGACUCACACCACCUUUAAAUGCCUCAGCUGUGUGAAAGUUCUAAAAAAUGUUAAGUUUAUGAAUCACGUGAAGCAUCAUUUGGAAUUUGAGAAGCAGAGGAACGACAGCUGGGAAAACCACACCACCUGCCAGCACUGCCACCGGCAGUUUCCCACUCCCUUCCAGCUACAGUGUCACAUCGAAAAUGUCCACACUGCCCAGGAGCCCUCUGCUGUCUGUAAGAUCUGUGAAUUGUCAUUUGAAACAGAUCAGGUCCUCUUACAACACAUGAAGGACCAUCAUAAGCCUGGCGAAAUGCCCUAUGUGUGCCAGGUUUGCCAUUAUAGAUCGUCGGUCUUUGCUGAUGUAGAAACACAUUUUAGAACGUGCCAUGAAAACACAAAGAAUUUGCUUUGUCCCUUUUGUCUCAAAAUUUUCAAAACAGCAACACCAUACAUGUGUCAUUAUAGGGGCCACUGGGGAAAGAGUGCACACCAGUGUUCCAAGUGCCGGCUACAGUUUUUAACUUUCAAGGAGAAAAUGGAGCACAAGACCCAGUGUCAUCAAAUGUUUAAGAAGCCUAAGCAACUAGAAGGAUUACCUCCUGAAACAAAAGUUACUAUUCAAGUGUCGCUGGAACCUCUUCAGCCAGGAUCAGUGGAUGUAGCAUCCAUAACUAGACAGCAGAAAAGUAAAUCAUCACACUUUCACACUGUUUCUCUAAUCCACGGCGUACUGUGGGGACGUUCAUUUGGUGAUGUAACUUUCAGCUCUGCCCCUUCAUGUCCUGGUACCAGAUUUUUGAAUGGGAAAUUGGGAGUAACUGAGUCAGAGAAUAUUAUACUGACUGCAUUUAAAGUACAAAUGUGCAAGAUAACUUCAUAAUAAAAAAGGUGACCUUGAGAUCUGGGCUUCCUCAAGAGUCUCACGGGGAGGAGUUGCUUGAAGCACAUAUUGGGCAGUUUCUGUAUGAGGAUAUUCCACAGACCCACUACUAGACCCUGACUCAGUGAGAAGCUCCACUGAUGUAAGAGGGGAGAAGAGAACACAGUCAGGACCCGAGGGAUGAGGAAACCCACCAUCAGCAGUCUCCGUGGUCCUGAGUGGGAUGAGCUGCAGGAAAGUCACAUCCAUGGAACCAGCUUCCCCCAGUGGCCCAGGAGCAGGCUCAGCACUGUUUCAGCCAUGAUGGAGCCUCCCCUUGACUCUGUCAUGUCCUACAUAGAAGUUUACUGGCCUCACACCCAUAGUUGCCCCAACACCUAACUUCCUGUCCUGACACUGCAACUGAAAUGUGUGUCCCCUUCACAGCCAGGCCAGCUCUGGGCCUCCAGUUCCUCCCUGACCUGCAUCCUCAUGCAGCAUUUCAUGAUUGAGUGCCUCGUUCCUGGGACACAGUGAGCCUCAGAGAGCCCUGAGCACAGACUGCUGGGGAUGGAAGGGGAGGUCUCUGCUUUGAACUCUAGAAAAGCAGAGUCCAUGCUUCAGGGAACUACCCACCUGCUAAAAUGUCCCCAGGCUCUGACCAUGAUGUGAGCUAAAAAAAAAGGCUCAUCUUGCUUCUUUCAAGAAAAAAAAUUCCAGCUCCAGAGGCACUGGUGUUAGCACAUAUGGACAAACAGCCAACACUUCAGUGUCAUCAGGUGCUUUGGUUUUGUUUUCCUUUUGCUGAGACUUCAGAAACAAUAAAUGGGAAAUUGAGAG